AUGAGUGACGGGGCUGUGUUGGCCCCUUACGUUCACAUCAAUGCCAGCAACAUCUCCCUACACCAGCAUGCGACAACGACGCAGAGUUCACAACCUGCGAUUACAGGCUACCAUUACUACCAUCAGAUGGCCUCCCAACAUAGAGGAGGAAACGGGGUUCUUUGCCAUCCGGCUCAGACGUCCGAAGCGAUCGUUCUGUUCACGAUCGCCUUCCUGGGAGUGAGUGCCAACGUGUUCUUGAUGUCGUUGAUCCUUACCAACAAAGCUCUGCGAAGAUGGUCGCAAGGUUUGUUGUUCCAUCAAGGACUCGUCGAUUGCGUGAGAGCUCUACUCCUGGUACCGAUGGGGAUAUCGGUGCUGCUCUGUCAGCGUCUCCCGCCGUGUGCGCUGAUCGAGACUUGCUUUCUACUUCUGGUGACUGUUUCCACGGUGAAUCUCUUGGUCGCCGUCCUCAACGAUGUGCCUCUGUUACCCGAUCAGGAUACCCCCAACUCCGUCAUAGACGCGAGCCAGAUUCUCCUCGAGAGCCCGCAGUGUAUAAUGUUUGGCCUAUUCAUCAUCUGGUUCGCCGCGUUCACCAUUAAUCUGGGUCCCACAUUUCUGUCGGGUGCCCUCUAUCAAAACCGUGAUCCUGCAUCGCACGGCCUAGACGUUUGCCCAAUAGUUUAUGGCCCGGUGCGACAUUACGUGCUCAACAUCCUCUGGAUCGGAGUGAACCUACUCUGCGUAGGCCUUAUGGGUAUUCACCUCCGGAAACUCUUCAAAGACCUUCAUAAGGCCCGUGGAAAUGUCGAUAGUCUCCGGAUCGCCAGUCUCGUAACCACGGUUAUUUCGAUGCGAAACGCCGACAACAUUGAUCAGUGCAGCAAUAGCAGCAAUUCUGUCCAAAACUACAUAGGACGACUCGAACGGGAAGGCAUUCGACGAGUAAAAAUGUUUGUCAUCAUGCUCGUAGCCUAUCUCAUCUUCUGGGGACCUCUCUUUUCGGUCACACUCCUGCAGCCUAUUAAUAUCGCCGGUCUUAGCAACAAUCUUUGGUAUCAAAUCAGCCUGCACGUGGCUUUUGUGCACUCGUUCGUCAAUCCGACACUUCUGCUUAGUCUGCAUGGGGAGCUUCGCACAGCUGCGUCUGGUUCGUGCCACACGACACGAUCCGAGUCGUCGGAAGACUCCGACUACAUCAGGUCGACGCAUCUGCCGCCAUACAAUGAUGAGGCCGAACCCUUACACGCCAAGACAAGCUAUAUUCUCUCUGCCAUGACCAACGGAGAUAUUGCUUCGUGA